CCGCCAAGGCCCGUGUAUAAGGGCGGCUGCCAACUUAGCCACAGAGCUUCCCCGCCAUGACCCCGCUGACCGUCCUGGUCCCGCUCGCUGCCCUGCUGGUGUCCUCGAGGGCCGGUUCCAGCCCCCUCGCAGACAUUGUGGGAGGCCGGAAGGCGAGGCCCCGCCAGUUCCCGUUCCUGGCCUCCAUUCAGAAUGAGGGGAGGCACUUCUGCGGGGGUGCCCUGGUCCAUCCCCGCUUUGUGAUGACUGCAGCCAGCUGCUUCCGAAGCCAGAACCCUGGGGUUGGCACCGUGGUGCUGGGCGCCUAUGACCUGAGGCGGCGGGAGAGGACGUCCCGGCAGACCUUCUCCAUCAGCAGCAUCAGCGAGAACGGCUAUGACCCCCAGCAGAACCUGAAUGACCUGCUGCUGCUGCAGGUGAGAGGAAUGGGCAGGUGCAGGGUUCACACCUGUGCUCCCAGCACCUCGGGAGGCCGACACCAGCCUGGGAGACACGUCCAAACACU